AGUGAGGGUGGGCAGGAGAAAGGAGAUAGGGAGGAAGCUGGGAAGGAUCUAGGGUGCAGGAAUAUGGCACUGGUACGAGUGGGUGGUUCAGCCUGGGAGUCUUCAUAACUGGGAAGAGUGUCCUCUCCUCUCCCACCCCCUAAUCCUGUUACUAGAAUUGCAUUCUCAAAGGGGUGAGAUUCCCUCUAGCCUGGGUCUGGAACAAGCAACAGCUUGGCAUGGCACCGGAUCCAAUUGUGUCCCCACCACCACCCACCCUUUUCUCAUCCCUCUACCCAUCCCAAGCUCAAGACAACCAGGCCCAGUGAAGCCAAGGUUGGAUUGGAAAACUCAAGGCAGCUUCUGUGGAAUCCGCACCAUUGAGCCCAGACUCAUCUAGUCCUGUCAGGGAAAGGGAAGAGGUCCUUGUGGGAAGAGGUGACCGAAUUCGUUGCCCCAGGUCCGGCCUGUGGUUUCAACCCAUCUUCAAAGACCCAUCAUAAAACAGGUUUGUUUUCCUUUUUUCUUUCUUUUUUCUUAAACACAGGCCUUUUUUCCCCCCUCAAAAAACAAUCCAUGUAGUCUCUCCGAACUUCCGAGCCCCCAUGCAAACAGUCUUUGGGAUGCCCAGUGUUUAUUAUUUUAAACCUCCUUCCCCCAACCCCAAAUCCUCCUAAACUCCAAGACAGGUCCCUUGAGGGGCUCAUUCCCCUGGGGCUGGUAGAGAGGGGUGUCUGACUCAAUCCUAGCUGGAAAGGACUGGGAUAAAUUUGUCCUUGAUUUACCUUGGAUGGGCAAAAGGAGUAAUCUUAACCUCUGCGUUUCUCCCGGCGAUGCGGGGAGCGCCAUUAGUUUCUGAUAGGAGGAACCUGUGCUCCAGGAAAAGGGCAGGCCCCCUGAAACAAAAUCAGAGGGCCACUCGUAAAGGCGAUCAAUCAGGCCCUAAGUAGCCAUUUACCCCCUUUCUUUCCGGGGCUGGAGGUGGGCUGGGAGCCCUCCAAGGGUGCGCUGGGCAACUUGUAGAGCAAGGAAUAUACCCUCCCAAUCGCCGCCGGCCUGCGGCUUUUGUCUCGGCUCCCAGCCGGGCUUUGUACCAUGGAUUUGGGAGUGACAAUGGGCAUUUCUCUCAGAUUCAAGGCUGCCCGGCCUUACCUCUGAAGGCAAGGGGGGAAAAUCGGGAAGGGGGUGGCUCAGGGACCUGUCCUUUCGCCUGGAUUUUGAAGACAUCUUCAGAAUCCGUUUGCAGGCCUCCCAGUGUGAAAGGCUUUGCAGCGGCCCUGUCCACGGAGAUGCGGUUCCCGCCGGCCUCACUGAGGCAGGGCUAAUUUGGCCAGUAAGAGCCGGCCUCUCUGGCGUUCGGGCUUUUCCCUCUGUGGCAUGUUUUUCUUCCAGGGCCAUUCCAGAAGGCCGGGGGAAAAAAAAGAUGAGGCACCGAAGCCCUCACGGUCGGCUCCUUGGGACUCCAGUGCUCACCGCUCAUCCGAGGGCAGAGAGAAGCCCCUCGCAGGCCGCCCCUGCAGAGGCCGCACUGUGCUGGACCAGGCCCGGGAGUCCAGUUGCCCCAGCUCACCCCUUGGGCCUCGGGCGUGUGCCUUAGCCUCACGUCGAGGGUGUAUGUGUGGCUGCACAGGGCGUGUGUGAGUGUGGUAGAGGGAGGGGGCCCUUCGAGCUGCUCCAUCCGUCCGUUUUAUUAGGGACACAUUAAUCUAUAAUCAAAUACACCUCAUAAAAUUUUUAUUGAAAGGCAUAAUAUCAUUACAGAGGUCUUCCACCUGUUUUAAACAACACGACAAGCUGUGAGAGCGUGUGUGGGUACGUGUGGGGAGGGGUGGGUUUAGGUAAGAAAAGAGGCGAAGGAGAACAACUCCCCCCGGGCGCCAGGGGGCUGCCCUUCAAGGCCUGCCUGCCUGGGGCCGCACCCGGCCGGCCGGGAGCCUCCGGCUUGCUCCCUCCGGGCUCUGGGGAACCGCCUAGGUGUGCCGUGGAAGUCCGAUCCAGGGCUCAGAGCCCGGGAGUCAGGGAGCCGGGGUGGAGAUGGCAGGAGCCCGAGCAGCCAGAAGAGACGAACAAAUAGUCCCCAGCGCCUCCUGCGGCCGCAGUGAGGCCUGUGGUCGCCGCCGCCGCCGCCACCCAGGGCGGGCUGGGCCGGGCCAGGCCGGGCUGGCGCGUGGACCUGGGCCCGACAGCUCUAAUUGCCGGGCUCCCGUUGAUGAUGAUUUUUUUUUUUUUUAAAUCACAGCAGCCCCCAGUUUAGCGGACUGAUUUACUCCGGGUAUUGGUAAAUAUGAUCACGUGGGCCGCGCGACCAAUGGUGGUGGCUGCAGCCUGCGAACUAGUCGGCGGCUCGGGCGCCCGGCGAGGAGCGGCUCGGGCGGGCGGGCAGUGUAACCUUGGGUGGGAGCGCGCGGCGCCUCAACAUGUCGUCCAGUGGCACCCUCAGCAACUACUACGUGGACUCGCUCAUAGGCCACGAGGGCGACGAGGUGUUCGCCGCGCGCUUCGGGCCCCCGGGGCCGGGGACCCAGGGCCGGCCCGCAGGUGUGGCCGAUGGCCCGCCCGCCGCCGCCGCCGAGUUCGCCUCGUGUAGUUUUGCCCCCAAAUCGACCGUGUUCUCCGCCUCGUGGUCCGCGGUGGCCGCCCAGCCCCCGGCGGCGGCGGCGGCGGCGGCGGCGGCGACGAUGAGCGGCCUGUACCACCCGUACGUGUCCCCGCCACCCCUGGCCACCGCCGAGCCGGGCCGCUACGUGCGCUCCUGGAUGGAGCCUCUGCCCAGCUUCCCCGGCGGCGGCGCGGGGGGCGGCGGUGGCAGUGGUGGCGGCGGCGGCGGAGGCCCGGGUCCCGUUGCCAGCCCCGGCGGCCCAGCGAACGGGCGCCACUACGGGAUUAAGCCUGAAACCGGAGCGGCCCCGGCCCCGGUCCCCGCCGCAGCCUCCUCCACCUCCUCCUCCACCUCCUCGUCCUCCUCCUCCAAACGGACUGAGUGCUCCGCGAUCCGCGAGUCCCAGGGGAGCGGCGGCCCAGAAUUCCCGGGCAACUCGUUCCUGCGGGACAAGGCGGCGGCGGCGGCGGCGGGAGGGAACGGGCCCUCCGGGGUGGGAAUCGGGGCCGGGCCUGGGGCGGGAGGCUCGUCCGAGCCCUCAGCUUGCAGCGAUCACCCGAGCCCGGGCUGCCCGCUGAAGGAGGAGGAGAAGCAGCCGCCGCAGCCGCCGCAGCAGCAACUUGACCCAAACAACCCCGCAGCGAACUGGAUCCACGCUCGCUCCACCCGGAAAAAGCGCUGUCCCUACACCAAAUACCAGACGCUAGAGCUGGAGAAGGAAUUCCUCUUCAACAUGUACCUCACCCGGGACCGGCGCUACGAGGUGGCCAGGAUUCUGAACCUUACAGAGAGACAAGUCAAAAUCUGGUUCCAGAACCGAAGGAUGAAAAUGAAAAAGAUGAGCAAGGAGAAAUGCCCCAAAGGAGACUGACCCAGUGCGGUCCUGGCCCGCAGCGCUCAAAGGCAGCCGGUUUUUGUUUUUGUUUUUUUUUCCUUUGUGGGUGCUUGAUUCAGAAACUCUCCAGCAACUCGGACUUUUUUCUUCUUUUUUUAGGUAGAAGUGACUGUGUGGUUGGUCUCUGUGAGUUAUUUGGGGGACACUGUAUUUGCUCGCAUAUGUAUUGGAGAAACCAAGUGGCUUUGGAGUUUUGUCCUAUCCCGCCCCCUCCUUUCCUACUCGGUUGAUUCCUUAGGAAAUGCUAUAUUUUGUGAGUGCACGCAGGCUUGAUGAAGACCUCUCCCGUGUAAAUGUCCCUCAUGUUUCUGAAAAGUCCUGUAGUUUAGUCUCACCCCGUCCAGCCUCCCCACCAGGGCCAACUAUCCAAUUCCGAGAAUCUGAAGGCAGAGGGAGAUUAUGGACACCCCCGCUGCUCUCCCAGCCCAAACCCAGCCGCAGGAAAGCCCCUUCCCUCAGGGAGCCAAUGGGCUGACUUCCAGUGAGGCCUACCGAGAAGUCCUGGGCCCUGGGGCGCCGCGGGGUGCGGGGAAGGUUUAGUCCUCCAAGCCCAGGAGGAGCUGCUCUCUCCCCGCGAGGGCUGGGUUCCCUUGAGCGGCCUCGGGUGGUGGCCCUCCAUGUUCCCGCCUCAGGACCAGUUGUAAAUGUUACCGCUUCCAACAAAUAAAUGUUGAUCUGAGCAAAUGGAGCCCAGCCGCUGGCCCUGAA